GCAUAACAUAAUCCGUCAAUCUUUCUUCGACAAUAGCAAAUCCUUCUUUUUUUUCAAUUCCCACACGUUUUUUUAUGUUUUUCUUAACAGGCUUUAACCGCUAUAUGCUCCGGGAAUUUACUGUCAGACCAAACUUUCAACUACGACUUUCAAUUUGAAAAGUUGCACUUGCACAGUAAGAAAAAGGAGAAUCUUCCUCCACCUCCACCUCUCAUUCCGUUUCCCUUUCACAUUCCCACUAAAUCAACUCCGAAAUUUCCGUAUCAUUGCUUUUGUUUUUUUCUUCUCCUCCGUGUUUUUCCCUUUGCUUUCUUCUGUUUCCAGUUCCUACUUUCUCAAGGAAAGCGGGUGAUCUUCUUCAAUUCAGUUCAGGAGCUGCUGAGAAGACAAAUUUCACCUUGGCACUUUUUUUGUUUUUUUUUCUUUUGUUGUGAAAGUGGCGAGGUUGGGCUGAUGCUCGUGUAGCUUAGGUUAGAAUUUGGUGGAUUUAGUUGUAAUAUUUGAUGAGGAAUCACGAUAUUUAUGUGGCUUGAUAUGGGGGCAGAGCUUUCCAUGGAUCGGUGGUCGAUGGCGACAAUCUUCUACUCGGGCUGCCUCUGUUUGGCUCUGGUGCUUGCAAGGUUAUCGCCGGUUUUUGCCAAUGCUGAAGGUGAUGCGUUGAAUGCGUUAAGGAAUAGUUUGUCUGAUCCUAACAGUGUUCUCUCGAGUUGGGAUCCGACUCUUGUUAAUCCAUGCACUUGGUUUCACGUUACAUGCAACAGUGAAAAUAGUGUUACUAGACUAAGGCUCAACAAUAACAGUUUGACUGGACAAAUUCCAUAUUCUCUAACUACCAUCAAUACCCUUCAAGUCCUCGAUCUUUCAAAUAAUCAUCUCACUGGACCAAUUCCAGUGAACGGAUCCUUUCAGCUUUUCACCCCUAUUAGUUUUGCGGGUAAUCAGUUAAAUUAUAGUAGUGGCAAUACACCACCUCCAGCUGCACCAGCGCCGCCAGCUUCUACUCCAGUUGGAAGCAGUACUACUGCAGCCAUUGCGGGAGGUGUUGCUGCUGCUGCUGCCCUUCUAUUUGCUGCUCCUGCAAUUGCACUCGCUUGGUACCGGCGACAGAAGCCCCAAGAACAUUUCUUUGAUGUUCCCGCUGAGGAGGAUCCAGAAGUACAUCUAGGCCAGCUCAAGAGAUUUUCCCUGCGUGAGCUCCAAGUUGCAACAGAUAAUUUCAGCAACAAGAACAUUCUCGGAAGAGGCGGUUUCGGCAAGGUAUACAAAGGGCGGUUGGCUGAUGGUUCUCUAGUGGCCGUCAAGAGGCUAAAAGAAGAGCGUACACAAGGUGGGGAGCUUCAGUUCCAAACCGAAGUAGAAAUGAUUAGCAUGGCCGUGCACCGGAAUUUACUCCGGCUGCGUGGUUUUUGCAUGACGCCUACAGAAAGGCUGCUUGUUUAUCCUUACAUGGCUAAUGGGAGUGUAGCAUCAUGCUUAAGAGAAAGACCCGAAUCAACACCUCCACUCGAUUGGGCAAAAAGAAAACAUAUAGCACUUGGUUCCGCAAGAGGACUCGCUUACUUGCACGACCACUGUGACCCUAAAAUCAUCCAUCGUGACGUGAAAGCUGCCAAUAUACUUUUGGAUGAGGACUUUGAGGCCGUUGUUGGCGACUUUGGGCUGGCCAAGCUGAUGGACUAUAGAGACACUCAUGUGACGACAGCUGUACGGGGAACAAUUGGUCAUAUAGCCCCAGAGUACUUGUCCACUGGUAAAUCCUCUGAGAAAACCGAUGUUUUUGGCUAUGGGGUCAUGCUUCUUGAACUCAUAACUGGGCAGAGGGCAUUCGAUCUGGCUCGGCUUGCGAGUGAUGACGACGUCAUGUUACUUGAUUGGGUGAAGGGACUUUUGAAGGAAAAGAAGCUGGAAACAUUGGUGGAUGCAGAUCUUCAGGGGAACUUCAUAGAAGGGGAGGUGGAGCAACUGCUACAGGUGGCCCUACUCUGCACGCAGAGCUCCCCAACCGAACGUCCUAAGAUGUCUGAAGUGGUGAGGAUGUUAGAAGGUGAUGGGUUGGCUGAGAGGUGGGAAGAGUGGCAAAGGGAGGAAAUAUUCCGGCAGGAGUUCAGUCAGUCGCAUAAUACGGCCACCGACUGGAUAAUUGCUGAUUCCACUUAUAAUAUUCGGCCAGAUGAGCUUUCGGGCCCCAGAUGAUGACGGUUUGGUUUGUAGUGUGGCUCGGUUAUGGGGAGGCAAAGGUGUUGUGUAUUAGAUCAAUAGUCUUUUUUUUUUCUUUUUUU